GUAUGUAAUGUUUGAUAUGGUUUGACUUGCUCGCAUUGCUCCUAACAAUAGUGGAUAUCUGUAUUCAGUAGCUAGCCGAGGUGUCGCUAUUAUUACUCUGUGAACAAAGUCGGGCGGAACCGUUGCGAUGCCCUUGGGUCUCCCAACAAUCAAUCAACUCUCACGAGAUGAUGGCAUCAUCCUGAAGCUCUCAAACGAGCAGGCCAUCCCGAUAGGUCAAGUAGGCAGUUCCUUGCUAGCAAGAGCGACAUCCUUCAACAAGCCAGCCACUAUAUUUCUGGUUGUCAAUGUCAACCAGUUGACUGUUGAGUCUGCUGUACUCCAAACUAGGGGCAAUGUAGUCUACUCCCCUUGCAAGUAAUCAGUAGAUUUGUGUGCGGGAAAUAGUUCCAUGUCAGCGACUCCCAUCGCCCGACGGCUCGCGGACGGCGGACCCAGGCGUAAUCGGCGCGCGGCAGGGAAUUGCGGAUAUGUCAAUCGUGGACGAUUGGCCACUCACCCAAAAUCAAUGCACAAUCCCAACGAGUGUACAAUCUUCGUGCAUUGCCCAAAAUCCGUCGGCCUUGGAUGGACCAAUCAUCAAGCACUCUGCAUUUUCUGAUAUAACAACGGCUUCGCCAUAUUCGCUCAUGUCUGUUACUAGCCAUCAGCUUCACUGGACAUCUAGAGCUACGACUGCUAAGUUCAACGUUCUUUUGGUUUUCAUAGGGACAAAAGUCGUGGAGCUUUCUGUCGACUGGCGGGAUCGCACAGUUGAGUUCCAGGUUGGACUCAUCAAGCGUCAACCUGGUCCCAGGGACCAUACUGGUAGGUCCUGAUAUACUACGCAAGCACGUCAUGACCAGCGUCUGUAUGGGUGGAUGGCUCUCCCGCCAGGCAGGUCUGGGCUAGGCCAGUUGACAGGUCAUCACCGUGGAAUGACGAAGGACAUGGUCCGGUGUAUCGCGGGGGAGCGUUGCACUUAUUCAGCCUAGUACUGCCAUUAAUGUGAAAGGCAUGUAGUUCAUGGCCAUGUUGCGUUGGGCUCUUU